AUGUCGAAAGAAAUCAAAAAUGGAUCUGUACAGUUACCAUUAGCUGUUGUACCGAUUUAUGCCGAUGAUGGCACAUUUGAUAUUAAAGCUACUUAUUUAAAAGUUCUAGAAGAUGAUUCAGAAAUAACAAUGCCAGUUGCUGCUAUUGAAAGUUUGGUUGUUCUAUUAAGUGUUACGCAAACCUCGACUUCCUCUGAGCUGAUUAAGGUGCUGGCUGAUGCUACCUCAAAAUUAAAAAAAGAUGUUAAGAAUUCUGUCAGCUUAACUGCUGGAUGCGAUCUUUUCACUCGGUUUGUAUUAAGAAAUAUUAAUGACAUGGGUGAUUGGGAGGCAUGUAAGGACCAUUUGAUGAAAAAUGGUCGACUUUUUGCACAAAGAGCUAAAGAUGCAAGAAAAACUAUCGCAUCUAAUGGACUUCCAUUUAUAAGAGAUGACGAUGUUAUUUUAGUUCAUGCCCAUUCCCGAGCCGUUAUUUCAUUGUUACUUUUAGCAGCUUCAAAAUUAAUUCGCUUCCGUGUUUACGUGACUGAGUCACGAGUAACAGAAAAUGGCUUUAAGACGGCCGAGAUUCUUCGCAAAAAUAAUAUCCCUGUUUGUUUAAUUGCAGAUGUAACUGUUGGUUAUGUGAUUCAAAAAGUAGAUAAGAUAUUUGUUGGUGCAGAAGGUGUAGCAGAAAGUGGUGGUGUCAUCAAUGCCUCUGGCACAUACCAGAUCGGUGUACUAGCUAAAGAUACCAAGGUUCCUUUCUAUGUUGUCGCAGAAAGUCAUAAGUUUGUUCGCUUAUAUCCGGUUUCUCCAAGCGAUAUUGCAACCGAUUAUCCAUUGGAAUUCACAACCGAAACAAAAAAUAAAGAGUUAGAAACUUUACCUACAACAGACUUCACCCCACAUCAAUAUGUAACUGCACUGAUAACUGAUAUUGGUGUUUUAACCACGAGUGGUUGUUGA